GAAGACGUGUUGAAACCCAAGUUGCGAAGGACGCUUGCUUGUCCCUUCGGGGCUGCCGUACUUUCAGCUUGUAUGCGCCGUGCUGUGCAUAGCUGCGGAAAAUGCUGCUUCAAACUGUUAAGUUCAUGCAAAGGUGAUUUGGAAUUACACUGCUAAAAACGAUCAAGCUCGCUUUUAAUCAAAGACUUGGCAUUUUUCAAAACUAUCGAGAGAAUUAAAGGUCGGUCAGCAGCUUGAGGAAAACAGUGAAGGUGAUGUUGAAAUAUAAUGUAUGGGGAACAUACCCCUACAUAAGAUGUGCAGACACUCGCAUGACCUUUUUUGUUUAGUUAAGAUUAGGCUUAGCAGACUGUGCACAGGAGACUGAAAGAGAUGUAAAAAGUCAAUUUGACUGCGUAUAGAUAUAAUACAGUGUGCAGAAUUUUUGUUAUGAGAGAGCAGUGAGCAAGAGGAAGUGAAAUAGUCCAGCGGUAGUUGCUGAUCGCGAAGAUUAACAGGAGAGAGUUCGGCCCCCGGGGCUGAAGAUGGACGCCAGUAGAGGGAGCCGGGUGGACGGUGCUCCCCGCUCGGGGGACAUGGGCAGCCUGGUCGGGCCGACGCUGUUGUGGCUGCAGGAUGUGGCGGCCGUGGGGGUCCUACGAGCCCGACGCACACUCCUGCAAGGUGCCAUCCUGCUCUGCGUGCUGGUGCUCCUCUUAUGGGUGGCCAUAUUUCUCUACGGUAGCUUCUACUACUCCUACAUGCCCACCGCCAGCUUCAGCACCCCCGUGCACUAUUCUUACAGGUCGGACUGUGAAUCUUCCGGUUCCGUGCUCUGCUCCUUCCCCACGGCUAAUGUCUCCUUGCUGAAGAACGGGCGAGACCAAGUAAUGGUGUAUGGGCAGCCGUACAAAAUCUCUUUGGAGAUGGAGAUGCCAGAAUCGAAAGUCAACCGGGACCUGGGUAUGUUCAUGGUCAAGAUGAGCUGCUACACUAACGAGGGACAGACCAUCUCCACCAUCUCCCGCUCUGCCAUGCUGCACUAUCGCUCCAGCCUGCUGCAGACCCUCGGUACCCUGCUGUUCUCCCCUCUGCUGCUUUCCGGAAUGUCGGAGCAGAAGCAGCUCAUCGAAGUGGAGCUGUACCCCGCGUACAGUGAGAAUUCGUACCUGCCCACCACAGGCGCAGUGAUUGAGAUUCAGUCUCGGAGGGUACAGAUCUAUUCAGCUCAGCUCCGGAUCCAUGCUCACUUCACGGGCAUCAGGUAUCUGCUGUUCAACUUCCCGCUGACGUCGGCAGUGCUGGGCGUGGCGAGCAACUUCAUCUUCCUGAGUGUCCUUGUGCUCUUCAGCUACCUGCAGUUCAUAUGGGGUGGGGUUUGGCCCCCGGAACUAGUCCGAGUCAGGGUCACGAUGACUGAUAGGACUCGGCGCCAGCAGAGACGUGAUGAGGCCCAGAGACGAGUGAGCUGCGGUGAUAAAGCGGUGGAGGGGAGUGACCAAACGCAAAACCCGGCCGAUGGGCCGCCUCCUGAGACAUCUGCAGAUUCACCAAGAAAAGGCGAUCUCGAGUGUGAGACCAUCGGUUCUCUGAACAGAAGUACCGGUUUUCCAGAUGAUUCCGGGGUGUUAGAUUUCUCCUCAGAAGACGCACCUAUUCUGUUUGAAGCCCCCGAGAUUGUAGAGGCCACUGUGAGUGAAGAGGAGCCUGACCCAGAGUUACAGGAAGACGCCCCAGAGUUACAGGAAGACGCCCCAGAGUUACAGGAAGACGCCCCAGAGUUACAGGAAGACGCCCCAGAGUUACAGGAAGAUGCCCCAGAGCCAUCUGACCCGGCCACCGUCCUCCGCCAGCGCCAGGGGGCCUGCAGGAGUUCCUAAAGGGGACAGGAAUUUAGGGUGCCCUCAGUAGCAGUCUCUCUCUCUCUCACCCUCACUCGUUCUCUCACACACUCACUCACUCUCAAUGGUACAUUUCCAUUCCAAUCCACUUCUUUGUGCUUAAACCCAAUCAGACGAACCUUGGACAUAAAGCACCAUGUGUUUCACCUUGGCUCAUAAUUAAUGAGACUUUAUGCUUUAGACUUAAUUACUUUCAUUUGGCGGUAACAUUAAAUGAAUUGUGAUUUGAAGGAAAAAAAUACACACCUAUAUGACCCUUCUUUGUAGGGUUGCCACUCGUCCCUUAUAAUAUGUGAUCAUACCGUAUAUGACACAGCGGUUUAUUUUACGAUGCAAGUUGAGCUUGUAUUAUAAGGGACCGGUGGCAAUCCUACUUCUUUGUGUUUACUUAAGGCACUUUAAGCAGAUGUGUUGUACAGAAAAGGUUUUCUAUUUUGAUAUUUUUUAAAUAAGGAAACGAUGUGUGUAGGUUAUUCUCAUGUAAUGCGUCCUUGUAGUUUACAGGAGACCUUAGUUACAUAUUCUGUAUAAGAACAAUGGAAAUCUGGCUGGGAGUAAUGACUAGUCAGGGUCUGAUUUCUUUCUGUCCAAUCAAAGCGUGGAAGACGACAGCCGCAACAAAAGCCAGCACUCACAGGGGGCUGCCAGGACCAAGACUGGUGUCUAAAAAGCGUCACUGGGCAGUGAGAGAGAGAAUCGUAACAAGGCAGACUUGCCUCCAGAAGGUUAUGGGUCUUACGAUGGAUCCUGCUCUGGUCUUGAUCAUUUGCCCCGUUUAAAUUUCUAGCUGCCCAAAUGGCAAGGAAGUUACGGAUAAGUGUUUUUUUUUGACAAUAUCUUCAAGCCCUGUUGACUUUGUAGAGUAUAACAGUGACAUUAAUAAUCCAACUCAGAAGAUCAUUUUCCUGUGUUUAGUGUUCGUGGGGAUUCCCUCUCAGGUGCCGCAAACACUAAGGUGCCCAUGGCACAUUCUUCAGUACACCAUAACCAUUUGCGUACAAGGCUAUUUAAUAUCCGCUCUCCGUAACUUGUGGCUUUGUCAGUGACGGCCGUGACCUGUCCUGUUUUCCUGUCCAAUUAAGUCAACUGCCUUGGAUUUGGGGUGGGGGGGAAACGGUGAAGUUUGAAGGUAUCAGAUUUUGGGUCACAAUGAAACAGUGCAUGGAUUCUGUGUUAUGUGGAUUUAUGAAUGGGACAUUUGAAACAGUCCACCAAAGAGUGUUAUGUGGAUUUAUGAAUGGGUCAUUUGAAACAGUCCACCAUAGACUUAUUGAAUGUUUUGUUUGCGAGAAUGGAUCCCCAGUGGAAAACUCCGAAGAAAGUAUUUGUAUGACAAGAAUUUUUGUAUUCUUAUACAGGAUUAACUUUGAUGGGGUGCUUAUUUUUCACAUCAUAAAAGCUAGUAACAGUAUCAUAACAGAUUAUAUGAGAAAUAAAAUUGAUUUUUGGCAUUCA